AUGAUGUUGGCUUCAUUGAAUCAUCAACUUAUCGUGGAGAACUUCACCAUGUUUUAUUGUGGGAAUCAAGAUGAAGUGAUGUGUUUCUUACCAUUUCUCAAACCGGGAUACUUGAAAAAAAUUGAAUUAGUUAAUUGUGGUACUGGAGACGCUUCUCUUGAUAAUGUUAUGAACCUUCCUCAAGUGGUAAAAGCUAAAGAAAUUAAGAUCAGAAAUAUUCCGCGAAACAGGAUGCCACUGGAGUCAUUUUGGAAUAUUCCAAUUGUUCAUCUUGCGCGAACUAACAUAAAUUUUCAAGAAGUGAACUCACUCAUUCAGCACUACUUCCAACUUGAUACUUUUGAGUACAUUCGUUUGAGCGCUGCCGAAAUGAACUGGUUUCCUCAUGACUCCCCGACUUUCGAUGAUGGCGAAAAUCGGAAAGUGAUGAUAGUCAAAGGACCCAAAUUUGCUAUAAAAAUUAUUCAUCAAAUGGAUGGAGGAUAUGUUACUCUCACAAAGAUUCCUUUGCCAUAUUGA